AUGAACGAGUCCAACGACUACGAGCAGGAACGGCUCAAGAACAUCAAAGAGAAUGAGCGGCUCAUGAAGGAGCUCGGCGUCAUGGGCGGCUCCUCAGCGAUCGGCGGACCAUCACCCAAACGCUCGACCCCCACCAAACCCAAUAAGUCAACCACACCCAAAAAGAAGGCAGCAACAACACCGACACGGAUCAUGCCAAGUCGCUCGAGUGCGCGGCUGGCAGGGCAUGAAGCCGACUCGGAGACACUCAAGCGCAAGUACGAGCAGGAAGCCGAAGAGGCACGCAAAGUGGCAGAUGCGGCCAAGCGCGCGCGGCAUCAGCAGUUUGAUUUGUCGGGGAUGACGGGAGGUGAGCUCGAGGAGGAAGCGAUCCUUGCGCUCGAAUCGACGCUCCAGGGUCUUGCGGCCAAUGCAGCGUCGGCAGCAGAGCUCGUCGAUAUCAAGCAAGAGUCCAAACGGCGCUCGUCGGCGAAGAAAGAAGAGCAGCCGGAAAGUUCAGCAGAGAGGAAGCAGCUUGAAGAUAUUCUAAACAAGAUGACGCUCAAGUCAGCCGCCAAGGUCACGCCCAAACGUGUAUACUCGAUGGCGUACCAUCCGGCCACCGACAAGGAUCUUGUUUUCGUUGGCGACAAAGAAGGCUCCAUCGGUGUGUGGGAUGCUGCAUACUCUGCCUCGACCUCCAACAACGGCACCACCAUCAAAAAGGAAGACGACGACGACGAAGAUGAGCAAAACGACGACUCGUUCCCCGAAGGCAAAGCGUGGACGCUCCAGGUGCACGGUCGCAGCCCUGUCACUUGCAUCAAAUUCGACCCCGUCAACCACAACUCGGUCUUCUCAUGCUCCUACGAUUCGACCGUCCGCAAGCUCGACCUAGCCACGGGCACAUCCGACGAAGUCUGGGCCGGAGAAGACGACGUACUUCUGUCCAUCUUCGACGUGCUCUCACCUUCCACCCACCCAAGCGCCUACAUCGACACCCCCGCCCCAUCGCUCGACGAACGCUCGCUCUGGAUCGCCGACCAUCGCGGGGGCCUGCUGCACAUUGACUUGCGCGAAAAGGCACGGCGCGGGAACAACACGCGAAGAUGGCAGGUCUGCGAGAAAAAGAUCGGCGCAAUGUCGGUCAACCGGCUCGCACCGCACUGCAUCGCCACGGCUUCGUUGGACCAGCACGUCCGUCUAUUUGACGUGCGUGCUUUGGCCUCCGUGGUGAAAGAGACGGCGGAUGCGCCCUACAACUACAAGGGCGUCGAUGCGGAUGACUUGGAAGCGGCACAGACCAAGGCGCAAUUUUCGGCCCACAAAGCCAGACAAGCAUGUACCUCGGUCGACUUCAGUCCGCGUGGUGACCAGCUUGUCGGUGUAUCGUACGACGACGUGGUCAAAGUGUGGAACAUGGAACCCGAUUGGUUGUACUCGGAACACGGCCUCAAGAGCAGAGCUACCGUCAGCAAGGCUAACGGUGCUGCUGCUGCUGCUGCCAAGGGAGGACGUAAGAACGCUGCUGUCAAGAAGGAAGACCCUGACGCACCUCGUAGCGGGCUGCUGAACUGGCUGUCCCGAGCCGUCCCUCUCAAAACAGAGGCUGACGUCCGUCAGGCAAUCAAGCAGGAGCAAGAGGCUCCUCUCACCUCCAAAACUCGACCGGACGACGUGCUAGCAGACCCCACGCGCAUCCCACACAACAACCAGACGGGCAAAUGGCUCACCAUGUUCCGCGCCAGAUGGAACGCUAAUCCUUUGUUGGAACCUCAUUUCACCAUCGGCAGCAUGACUAGGAGGGCUGAGAUCUACGCGGCAGAUGGAACGCUGCUCAGAACCCUCUGGGACGAGAAUCACGUCACGGCCGUCCCAGCUGUUACUUGCAUGCAUCCCGUCCUGCCAGGCCGAUUGGUCACCGGAAACGCUUCGGGGCGAUGCACGUUUUGGUCGCCAGAUGCAUAG